CAUCUCUCCUCCCCCUUUGCUGGGCCUUCCCCUUUCUCCUCGUCUGCUUUCUUCUUCUUUCAUCUCUGUCAGGCUCUGCUGUUCCCGGGCCCCGUAAUCUGAGUCAGGAUGGAUUCUCUGCUUAACCAAUGGCUGUGGAGACAAAGUUACUGGCUGCCCCCUGGUGUUACUUGGGAGGAUAUGAAGAACACAGAUGAGGUCCAGUAUCCACAGCCUCGAGACCUAUUACUCUGCAUUCCCUUUACACUCAUUUUCACUGUUGUCAGAUUCCUGUUUGAGAGGUUUGUGGCGUUGCCGCUAAGUAGGCAGCUCAGCAUAGUGGAGAAGUACAAGAGGAAAGCUUCUCAUAACCCAAUUCUGGAAGCCUAUUACAUCAAACAGAGAAAACAGCCUUCUGAGGCUGAAGUCAACAGCUUAUCAGCUCAGUGUCAUAUGAAAAGUCGUCAGGUUGAAAUGUGGUUUAAAUGUCGCAGGAACCAAGACAGACCGAGUGUAAGCAAGAAAUUCUGUGAAGCCAGCUGGAAAUUUAUUUUCCACUUUAUUUCGUUCUUCAUUGGCCUUGCACUUUUAUAUGAUAAGCCCUGGUUUUGGGACCAGCGGGAGUUUUGGACAGAUUAUCCACAUCAGCCAUUAAUCCAGUCUCUCUACUGGUAUUACAUGCUGGAACUGGGAUUCUACUGUUCGCUUCUUCUCACUGUGGCAUUUGAUGUGAAGAGGAAGGACCUGAAGGAACAGAUAAUUCAUCACUUUGCUACCAUCUUCCUGAUAACGUUUUCAUAUUGCGCCAACUACAUACGCGCAGGGACUCUGGUUAUGCUGCUGCACGACACUGCUGACCACAUCCUGGAGUUAACAAAGAUGUUUAUUUACACAAAGUGGAAGAGAGUAUGUGACACCCUGUUCAUCAUUUUUGCAGCAGUCUUCAUUGUCACCCGUCUUGUUCUGCUUCCAACCAGGAUUAUUUACAGCACCUAUUACUACUCCAUGGAACGCUUCCAACCAUUCUUCGGUUACUACUUUUUUAAUUCUCUUCUGAUGGUCCUGCAGAUACUUCAUGUUUUUUGGGCAUAUUUAAUCCUACGCAUGGCAUACAGGUUCAUAUUUGUUGGCACGGUGGAGAAUGAUGUAAGGAGUGAUAUAGAGGAAAGUGAGGAGAGUGAAAAAGAAGACCCCAGACCAGAACAGAAUGGGGCUAACCAUUGUACCAGCAAAAAUAACUGUAUCGCAAGCAAGGCCAAAAAGAAUGGUAUAGACCAUUUAGUUUAUGGCCACUCCAAGACAAGCUAGCCCUUUUACUAAACAAUGGACUGUGCUACAAUCAGCCGGCACAGGGAGCUAUACAUGAACUCUACAAUCAAGCGUCCCUACAACAUACUCAUCAUGAACUCCUUUAUAGUACAGCCAGCGAAACAGGCAGCAUGUUGCUGAGCAAUGUAUUGGGAGCUUUCUUGGUUGUAAAGCGGUUAACCAUUCCUUUGACAUAAAAGCAUGGCUAACAUAUAUAGUUGCAGUUUCGUACAUGGUUUGGGCAUUAUGACCCCCAGUUGUACAGUGUACAAUCUAGCAGUGAUUAACUGGGGUGACUUGUCCAUUCUCUCAACCACUAUAGACAAAAGUUAUAGCAUAUUAUUAUUAGAAUAAUCAAUGACAAUCAAAAGUUAUAUGGAUUACCAUGUAGGAUCAGAAUAACCACAUAAUACUCUCUUCUGUGAUCAAAGUAACUACCAGCACCUUAUUUGUAGUCAAUGAAGGGACAUACUAUUAUAGUUUACAUACCAAGAUACAUUAGAAUCAUUUUUCAAUUACAAAAAUGUUGAUUUGAAAGGUUACCUCUGCAAGAAUAGUUACUUUUUGGUGCAUGUUGCCCACUAAACAUACAAGUUUGGGAAAUAUUGAUUAUAUACUCAUGUGUGUUCCAUCACUGGCUAUGAGAUAUAAAUAGCAUUCAUGUCCCUUUAAUUUUUUAUUUUACUUAUUUUUCUGAUAUGUGACAUUAGCUAUCUGUUUAUUUAUCAAAUGCAGUCAUCUUCUCAUCACAUUUGCAAAGGGUCUAUAUACAGUUUGAUGUCUCUAUAUGGAGAGGAAGUAGUUGUUAUUAUGAACACUAAGGAAGUUGAUGCUUUAAUUGAUCUCUAGUCUACAUCACAUAAUCUGUUUAAUGUGUGUAGUGCGUAUUUUACAGCAUUUAAGUCAAGAAGUCCUUAUCCUAUAUAUUUAGAAUUUAAAAUCAUUAUGGCACAAUUAUCUUGUCUAGCUGUAAAGGAACAUAUAUACAUGGAGGAUGGCAGCUUCUACUGCUGUGUUCCGCUGUACUAGCUUACUGUUACCUAUUAAAUCCCUUGUGUGGUGCACCUGCUAUCUGUAGCAUUUUCACAUUUAAAAUGGUUAUAUUUGAGUACCCACAUACUGACAGUAAAGCAAUGAAAUCCUUCUGCACUUGUUACUGGUGCUAAUAACCAGACAGGGAGAGAGAGUCAGCCGCUCUGCAUUGUCAUUUGCUCUAGGGUUAGUGAAUUCAGCCCAAAAGGUAAAACAUACAUCUCAAAACCAUGUAGUAAAGCAAAUAAAAUGCUGUAUGGAGGAGGACAUUAAGAUGGAUCCGGCCGGAAUGAUGUACCAAGAGAGUCAACUGGCCUCUGUGAAAAUUAGUUCAGGAAAUGCCCCCCUCUGAAUUCACUAGGUAUGUUUUUAAUUUGCAGAUUGUGGAGAUGGGACAGUACUAUCAAAAUUAAUUUUUUAUGAUUCAGAUAGAGCAUGCAUUUAAAAAAUAAAAAAUAUUUGCUUUCUUUUGGUAUCCUACAGAACUCAUAUGUUGAGUCAUAUAUAUUUGCAGCAACCAAUCAGCAGGUAGUUCCCAGUAUUGCAUUCCUGCUCCUGAAACUACCUAGGUAUGUUUUUUGAACUAACGAUACCAAGAGAACAAAGCCAUUUUGAUAAUAGGACAGUUGUUUAACAUUAAAUGAACUUGAAUCAUGAAAGUGUAAUUUUGACUUUACUGUCCCUUUAUAUAUAAAGUAAGUUAAGGUAGAGAUAAAGCUGUGAGAUUAAAAUCCUCCAUUUCAUAAAAGUAAGAACUACAAAUGAUUGUAUCCCUGCUUGCCUUCCCACAGAAGUUGUCUGUAUACAUUAUUAUUAAUGUACACGUGGUCAGACACAGUAUGGAAGCAAAAACUUGCUUGUAGAUUUCAUUUGCAUAUCUUACCCAGAGUUCUCUGCUGCAUUGGUAACUAAUUUCAGAAAGAAUUGUAACAAAACUCUUUUACAUAUCUACUGAACAAAAAUUGUUUUGUUGUUUAAAAAAAUAAAAAAAAUAAGCCUAAGCUUUAAAAGUACUUGCAAAUAUACAUAAAUAAAAGUUAGUUUGUGUUGUCAAAUUAAA